AUUACCGUGUUUUCUUUGUGUAAUGGAUGUUUUAUACGUGUCAUUGUGAAAGAGUACUGUUUCCCCUUUUUAGCGUACGAACCUAACAAAAACAGUUAUGGCAACCAGUGGACAGACUGAUACUGUGCAAGAAAGUGCAAGUGACGCCGUCGGUGGAUCAUUAGCGGCUAAAUGUCUGCCUUGUAAACGUACAGACGUGCCUAAGCUUGCGACGCUGUUCUGUAAUACAUGCGAAGUAUAUCUCUGUCACGAAUGUUGUGAUACACACAAGAUACAUUCGCCUCAUGACGAAAACCAUACGAUUGUGGCUGCCAAUGAAGCAAUUAGUACCAGAACAACUGUCGAUUUAAAGGGACUGGAUAAAUGUUUAGAACAUGAAAGGGCUUUUAUGUUUCAGUGCGAAGAGCAUGGUGAUUUAUGUUGUGAACUAUGUGUCAUCGCCUAUCAUCGUAAGUGUGACAAUGUUCCUGAAUUAGCAGAGCUAGUUAAGAAGAAAACGGAUCAAAUCUUAAUUAAGGAGGUUCAUGCGACUGUUAGCUCAGCGUCUGGAUUUAUUGAGACGUGUGAGCAAGAUCAAUUGAAAAGCACUGGACGAAUGGAACAGAUCGGAAAUGAAAUAGAAGCAUUCAAAGAGAUGUUCCUGAAGAAAUUCGAAGAAGCCAAGAUCCAUGUGCUCAGACAAAUGACUGACCAUAACCUUAAGGUAGACAGUCGAAUAGAGAGCAGGAAACUGGGAGUUGAACGUGCAAAGACCAGACUUGAAUCGCUUUUAGAAAUUACCGAUAAAGUCUCCCACUGUGGCUCUGAAAUUGAAAAGUUCAUUAUAAAUCAUACUCUUGCAAACGAACAUAGCAGCCUAUCAGACACUCUUCGCACCUUUCAUGCAAAUAGGAAUGUUAUUCCAGUAGGUCUUUCAAUGACAGAGAACCUUUCAGAGAUACUGAAGUCAAGUACACCAUUGUUUUCACUCGUAGAAACAAACCCUCCACAACCAGCACGACUGAAGCUAGUCAUAUCGGUGAAGCUCGGAAAGACAUGGAAUGACACUACGGAGCCGUAUGUUUCAGGCUUGGACUUCCUGCCCGACGGUCGAAUCGCUGCCGUUGAUUGCUAUAACUUAACAUGUUUUAUAAUGAGCAGUACACUCAAACGUUUGGGUAGGUGGCAUAGGUUCAAUGCAUGCCCAAAAGAUGUUAUUUGUUACAAAGAUAACGAUAUUGCAGUAACAGUCAGUUUUGAUGAAAUUCACAAUAUUUGCCUCAUGGCGGUUGGUAGUGAUAACACAAUCACGCUGAUGAAAACGUUAAAUGUGUCGUUCAGCUGCUGGUCCAUUGCCCUAAUAAAGACCGACACAUUUGCGUUAAGCACAUGGAACAACGACCCGCGACAAGUUCGGAUGAUCGACGUUAAUGGUUCAGAAAGCGACUUUGACGACGUGGAGUUUCCUGCCAAGACCUAUACAUGUGAAGAUAGUACCUGCACUUACAACUCGUACCAAGAUACACUUGUAUUCGUGGACCGAAACGCUCAUAAAAUAUAUAUUUACAACACUACAACAGGCAAUAGUAUCGAGGUUACCGAUAAACGUAUUAAAGAACCCAGAGGCGUUUGUGUCGGACCCUGUGGCUCCAUGUUCAUCUGCAGUGAAGAAACAAACUCCGUUGUUCAGAUAUCUCCGGCUGGGUGUGUUCUUGCAUCUUGCAACGUCAACAUGGAUUUUCCAAUGACGAUCGCAAUCUCCAGGGAUGGUUCGAGGCUGGCCGUAUCCAACAGUCUGCAGGACGGGAGAGAAAUAAAACUGUUUAAAAUAUCUUCCGAAAUGUGAUUAUCUUCAAAACUAUGCUAUUGUAUGCGUCCGUUUAUCUUUAUGCUAGUCCUCGUAAUUCGGACUCAUUUUUCUUUCAAGUUAUUUGGUUGGUUUCAAAAUAAUUAAAUAUAUGUCUCUUGAUUUACACUGUUUCAACUGAGAAUAGAUCAAAUAAAUUUUGUCUGUUCUCUUAUAAGCUAAUAUCUUGUAUAGCAUCUAAACCAUUGAAUUUGAUUGGAAUGUUUUUUUUUGUUAAUUCGAAGUAAGAGCGUUACUUAUUGCUCAUCUUUGUAUUAUAACUUAUAAUGUUUGCGGUUUUUUGUUGUUUUUUUAAUUUUAUUACCAAAAAAACAUGUCUUAGAUUUUUUGUUUAACACAUGAAUCCAUUGGAAAUAAGUUUAAUUGGACUUUAUGGGAUAUUUUUGGAAAUUUUGGAAUAAAAUAACAUGUUUUCUUAUUUUCUUAUUUAAAUAUUAGUUUCGCUAUAAAUAACUGCCAUUAUAUUCAUACCAAUUCAAUACCAUUUCAUAACAAAGACUAAAACCAGUAAAAGAUCACAAAAAAAACAACAACAGUAAAAUAUCACAAAGACUAAAACAGUAAAAGAUCACUGUAAAGACAAAAUCAAAUCAUAGUCCUGAGUGUAUGGCAUCGCGUAUUGAAACUAACAAUAUAUCAGGUUUUGACCAUUCAUGGGCAUAACUCUACAAUAUGCUUGUUAAUACAGAAAACAAAUGAGGCAUUAUCCAUUGUACCAUUGUCACCCCCUUUGGAAAAGAUAUGAUUAAGUAUGAAAGCACAUUUAAAGUAAACUUGGUCAAAUUUUGAAAAAUCCAGAGUAAAUAGUGUGAUCCGACUGUUUACCAAAAUUGCUUAAGAAGUUUUGUCUAUAAACAGUAUAUCCAAGUUUGGUUAAUAUUAAAUAGGAAAUAAAAAAAGUUAGAGAGCAGAAAAAUAGAAUUUGGCCAGAUCUGCCAAGCUACGCAGACGACACAAAAACGAGUUAAAUAUAAUACAAUUGUAUUAUAAAGUUUUAUGUUUCAUUUUUUUCUUAGGUUUUAAGUUCA